AUGGAGAUGGCCACCGCCUCUUCUGCUCAAGGGGAUGACAAGUAUGCGGCACCAAGCAGGAAUCAAAAGCGUGCGAAAAUUGGUGUUGGGCAUCUAAUUGUUAGUGGCACAGGCUUUUCUCGUAAGCAUAGUUUUUGUAUUGAGGAUUCUGUUGACAAGGCCGAGAAGACCAGCCUCGAGGGGUCUCCAAGAUCUCCCUAA